UGCCCUGACCCCCUGCCCGUCCCCGUCCCGGUGGCAGGGCUGAAGCAGGAGCUCUUCCACCGGCACAAGGAGGCCCAGCAGUGCUGCAGGCCCCACAAUCUGCCGCUCCUCCGUGCCGCCCAGCAGCGGGAGAUGGAGGCUGUGGAGCAACGGAUUCGUGAGGAGCAGCGAAUGAUGGAUGAGAAGAUUGUCUUGGAACUGGACCAAAAAGUGAUAGACCAGCAGAGCACGCUGGAGAAGGCCGGGGUGUCUGGCUUCUACAUCACCACCAACCCUCAGGAGCUGACCUUACAGAUGAAUUUACUGGAGCUGAUUCGGAAGCUACAACAGAAGGAAUCCGAGUCCGAGAAGGCUUUUUCCUGAACGAGCAAACCCGCUGUUUACUUCCCAGAGUUUUCUUCUGACUUCCCUCUAGAGAAGAGAGUAUUAAUGUGCUUUAUGUGGUGUCUGGGAGAGGAGGAACAGCUGAGGCCCUUAGGUAACCGCGGAGCUGGGGCAGGCCCAGCCCCAGCGCAGGGGGCAGGAUGGGGAGCACCACUCUGCCUCUGCGGUCCUUGGAGCAACAUGCUCGGGUGGGGGACGAGGGAGGGUGUUGAUCUGCCAUGCACAGCCCCCGGCGUCGCUGAAGCCAAGGGAGAUGGGGCCAGGCACCAAGGCAGCAAACCCAGCCCAGCCCUUAUAUGAGUGACCCCUGUGUUUGGGUGAAUUGAGCUGAACGGGUGAGCAAUGCCAUCUCCCCGUUGCGAUCUCCCCGUUGCGAUCUCCCCUUCCAAUGCAAGGAGGAGGAGGAGCAAGUGUCUCUGCUAGGGAAUGGGAGAGGCGAGUAGCUGCCGUAUCGGACAAGGAAGCAAAGCAGACUCGGCAUCUGGUGCCGCCUCACCAUGGCAGAUGGUCGGCAGCUGGGGAGAAAAAAGUCCAAGGUUCGGUUUCCAAGAAGGCGCUUCUGUGUGCGUUGAGGCAGAAGCAGCCUCUUCAGUAGACAGAGCCUUCCUGGAGAGGCUUCCAGGCAGAUCCAGCACGGGCUUCCUUGGAGGCGGACUCCAGGCCUCUGCACUGGCGUUGCUGGGCUGUGGCGUUCACAGUGUUCCCACCCGACUCAGAUGGCAGAGGUGGCUUGAGAGCUUUUGCUUUGUUACUUUAAGCCAGUUUCCAAAUGGAGAGAAAUAAAAUAUUCUGUCCUGCCUUCUGGGGCUACAGCUUUC